AUCCCAGGGGAUUGCAAAUACCUAUGUAAAAUGUAUAGGAUAAAGCACUGGAUAAAAGCGUCUUGUAAAUGUUGUUGUACAUUGUUUACAUAAGAAACAUAUUUUAUUAACAAUAUACAACAGCCUACAUAUUUAACAGUGAUUAUAAAUGCUUAUUAUUAACGAUAAUUAGAUAAUGCGUACAUAAACGAUAAACCGCUUUUGAAUUGUAUGUUUUGUUUGUCUCAAACGAAGCUCAUCCAAUAAAACUAAAUUAUACUAUAUAAAAAUAUCUGUGUUUCUUUAAUUAUCGAAACGUGACGUCAGAAAUGUGCCUUGCAUGGGCAUGUCUGCGCAUCGCAAUCAUUUGGUGAGUUACGCGUUGUGGGUCACAAGAUGGCGCUAGAGCACAACAUCUGCUUUAUCUGCGCAAAUGAGACACCUGCCAGCAUGCGCGCGAUUAAACUGCUCGUGCCAGCUGAACUCUACGACUCAUAAACGCCUUUUCACUGUUGUGGGCAUGAGGAUAUUCAUAUUUAUCGAGAUAUAAAAUCAAAAUUAUAAGAUAGCAAUAUUGUGUGGGAAAGUAAGCAGCGUGGAGAGCAUGUUUAAAGUCUGCUGUUGGUGACCAGGAACGUGAGGCGUUUGGGCACCGUCAAAACAGUCUCCUCUGAGACCUUCCAAGUUUAAGGAUGAGGUUCGCUUUCUCCAAGUGUGUCUGAACUUUCCACUGGGCGUGUAAAGCGCCGCCUCUAAUUAUAAAGCGCAUAAGAGCCAGUGAGUCGCGCGCGCGACCGAUAACAACAUUGAGCGGAUGCACCCACACAAACAUUUCACUCUGAAACGGUUCGUAUGAAAUAAACAUCACGUUAUACACGUUGUACGGAUAAAAUCCAUCGCUAUUCGACUGAAUUUGGACGGGAGCAUCGGGAGCGUCUGCCGCAUGCGCUGAGGUCACGUUACAGAGGUUAAAUCUUUUUGAGGAAUGCGAGUACCACCCAGCCCUUGACUGAAUCCCCUGACAUUAGAGGGGAAAGAAAGUGACCAAAAAGCGCGGAGGGAUGGGAGAGACGGAAGAUGAACGGGUGUCUCAGGCCGGCCAGCUUUUUGAGAAUUUUGUGCAGGCCACCACCUGUAAAGGCACCCUGCAAGCCUUCAGCGUUCUCUGCAGGCAACUCGAGCUGGACCCCUCGGACCACCGGAACUUCUACAGCAGCCUAAAAGGUGCAGUCACAUACUGGAAGGCCAAAGGCCUCUGGGGAAAGCUGGACAAGAGAGCCACCCACAAGGAGUACGGCAAGGGCAAAAUCUGCGUUGACACCAGGUGUCUCGUUAUUGGUGGUGGACCCUGUGGCUUUCGGACCGCCAUAGAAUUGGCCCUGUUGGGCGCCAAAGUGGUGGUGAUUGAAAAAAGGGACACAUUCUCCAGGAACAACGUUCUGCACCUUUGGCCUUACACCAUUCAUGACCUCAGAAACCUUGGAGCCAAGAAGUUUUAUGGAAAGUUCUGCGCUGGAGCUAUAGACCAUAUUAGUAUCCGGCAGCUGCAGCUCAUGCUUCUCAAGAUCGCUCUGAUCCUUGGGGUGGAGGUACACGUCAACGUCGAGUUCCUCAAGCCUCUGGAGCCACCUGAGGACCAAGGCCCUGAUGGGCCUGGAUGGAGGGUGGAGAUCCGGCCGACUGACCACCUGAUCUCAGAUUAUGAGUUUGAUGUGAUAAUUGGCGCAGAUGGCAGGAGAAGCACUCUUGAUGGCUUCAGGAGGAAGGAGUUCAGAGGGAAACUAGCUAUCGCCAUCACUGCCAACUUUGUUAACCGCAACACCACAGCCGAGGCCAAAGUGGAGGAGAUCAGCGGCGUGGCCUUCAUCUUCAAUCAGAAGUUCUUCCUGGAGCUGAAAGAGGAAGCGGGGAUCGAUCUGGAAAACAUUGUCUAUUACAGGGACAACACGCACUACUUUGUCAUGACUGCAAAGAAACAGAGCUUGCUGGACAAGGGGGUGAUCAUCAAUGACUACAUUGAGACUGAACGGCUGUUGGCGAGCAAUAAUGUGAACCAAGAAGCAUUGCUCUCGUAUGCCCGCGAGGCUGCAGAUUUUGGCACGAACUACCAGCUGCCCUCCUUGGAUUAUGCCAUCAACCACUACGGUCAGCCGGAUGUGGCCAUGUUUGACUUCACCUGUAUGUACGCCUCUGAAAAUGCAGCGCUGGUGAGAGAAAAGAACGGCCAUCAGCUGCUGGUGGCUCUGGUUGGGGACAGUCUGUUAGAGCCGUUCUGGCCUAUGGGCACAGGGUGUGCUCGAGGGUUCCUGGCUGCCUUUGACACAGUGUGGAUGAUAAAAGGUUGGGCUCAGGGUAAAGAACCCCUCGAUCUUCUGUCUGAGAGGGAGAGCAUCUAUAGGCUGUUACCUCAGACCACAGCUGAAAACAUCUCCAAAAACUUUGAGCUAUACACCAUAGACCCAGCUACACGUUACCCUAACCUCAACUCCUCCUGCGUGCGACCACAUCAGGUACGACAUCUCUACAUCAAAGGUGAGCAGGAUUCGAGUGUUUUGGAGCGCAACGGAUCCACGCGCAGAUCUGUGAACCUCUCCAGAGGAGAAUCAGAGGUUCGUCCCAGCCGUCUGCUGUUCUGGUGUCAGAAGCAGACUCGGGGUUACAGGGGAGUGGAUGUGACUGAUCUCACUACCUCCUGGAGGAGCGGCUUGGCUCUGUGCGCCAUCAUCCACCGGCAGAGGCCUGACCUCAUUGAUUUUGACUCUCUGAAUGAAGCAGACUGCGCUAAGAACAACCAGUUGGCGUUUGACGUGGCAGAGCGUGAGUUUGGCAUCCAGCCCAUCACUACAGGGAAAGAGAUGGACGCAGAGCGUGGGCCAGACAAGCUCAUCAUGAUCCUCUACCUCUCCAAAUUCUACGAGAUGUUCCGCAACUCUGCUCAGCCUGCAACAGGUGUACCUAAAGAGGCGGACGCAAAUAAUGAAGAAUAUUCAUCCAAGACUGCAAAUUCUGUUCACAACUCCAUAAAUCUCGCACUGCCAAGAAAGAGAAUACCAAAGGUCGACAAGAAGUUGGAGGACAAUGAUUUUAACAAAAAGAGGAAGAAGGGAAUAGGCCACCUGGAGGAGGGUGCACCCUCUGUUGGCGAGAGAGGUGAACUGAAAGAAAACAAGGUGCGAUCCAUGGCGACUCAACUGCUGGCCAGGUUUGAGGAGAACGCUCCAAGCUGCGCUUUGCGCAGACAGUCUGAAUCCGAAGUCGACUCAGUUGAUGAAAGGCCAGUAUGUCUUGAUAUGACUGACAACCCACGCUUUUCCAAACCUAGAAACCAUCCCUCGCCUCCACCGCCCCCUCCACCCAAACAAAAAUGGCAGCCAUCUCCAUAUCUAAGGCUGCUUGAAUCUCACAUCCAGAGUGAAACCCGGCACACUCGUGCCCAACAUUCUGAUUGCCACGCCGAUGCAAAUUCAAGUCAUGAGAAUGUAGAGAUGCAAGAAAAGACUGAAGUUCACUCCAGUUUACAGCUGACAGAAUUUACCUCUUGCUUUCAAACCAGCGAGUCUCUUUCCAGAACUUCCCACAUUCCCUUUAAAGUGCUCCAAUCGGUUUCUCAAACUGAUCUGUCCUCACGGGACACAGAACCAUUGGACUUGCGUCCGUCCUUCACACCGGCUUUGGACGGAAUGAUCAAGUGCACGCAGAGACUGGAAGAUGAAGUCAAUCAGAAUGAAGCACAGGCUGAAAUCACUGUACAGUUUAACAAGAGAAGCGUCAAGGAUCGAGCACAACAGCUCAGCUGUCUCUUCUCAGGCAAAUCAACUCAAUCUCAGGCAUCUGAAGACUCUUCUGCUGUUUCCUCUUCUCCUAACAUUUCUUCAGCUCACACUAUCCCAGAACGCUCUACUCUUUCCUGUCUUCUGUCUCCCGUUGCUUCAGUCCAACACAAGCAGUGCAGUACUGAGUCAGAAUCACAUCUGAGCCAUGAUAAACAUACAGAUCGCUUUGAAGUCAGGCGUGUUGAAUGCCUUGACACCUCCAAACAGAGAACAGUGGGAAAAGUUUCCUCUACCAUUGGGGUUAAAGCAGCAACACUGGCCAUAUUAUACGAGACCGAUCAUAGACCCAACAAUCCUUUGACCAUCUCGCUGAUAGAAGCCAGAAGAUGUACAGAAUCUGGGGUGACCACCCUGCGAAAGGAUUUCCCUCAGGGUCUGGGCGGCAGCGACACCUGCCACUUCUGUAAGAAGCGAGUGUAUGUGAUGGAGAGACUGAGCGCGGAGGGCAACUUCUUUCACAGAGAGUGUUUCCGCUGUCACAUCUGUGGCUGCACCUUGAGACUGGGCGGUCACACUUAUGACUCCAACCAAGGCACUUUUUAUUGCAAGCUGCACUUUUCUCAGCGGACAACCAGCAGUAGACAUAGAAGAGGAGAGGUGCACGGAAGCGGCAGGCCCUCAGCGAGCACGACAUCCGACUACUCGGCCACAGAUGGCCACCACGUCCAGCCCUCAGAAACGGAGACGGACUCCAGAAAUAAGAAUGACCAGGCGGGUUUGACAGACCCCAGCACUUCAGAUGAGAGACCGGGGACACCGGUCCUCUCAGACUCAACGGAGGUCAUAAACAUGAGUGAAGUGAAAGAGUCAUCUCAAAAGUCUGAUAAUGUUGAAUCUCUGCCUGUAUGUCCUGACUCCCCGUCACAGAAAGGGAAACGCUUCACUGCCAAAGGAGAAAUGACCAACAAAAACAACCUCUGGAGAAAGAAAAUUCGAUCCACCAUGCCUCUCGUCCUGAUUAAGAAAUUUCAACGUGGAAAACCAGCUGACAAAUACGAAGUCAAUGCAGAAGAGAAUGGCGACUCUGACUUUGAGGAGAUUCAUGAAACCGUUCCCCCACCAAAUCCUGAAGCUCAGGCUACAGAGUCUCACUGCCCUCUAAUGGAGGAAAGCAAAUCAACAGCACCUUCCAAUAAUGACGUCCCAAAGCUUCCACGGUAUCGCUCCCACUUCCUUCCCAAGCCCUCAACAGCCAUCGCUCCCUCUUCAGAGCCAGUCUCUGACAACAAAGCAGCUAACCUGGAGGAGCAGAACUCAAACAGUCCUAAAAAGCGUCUGUUGCUUUCUUUAUCCGAGAAGGAGAAGCUGCUAAACUGGGAGUUGUCCACGCCCGGAAAGUUCUCCGCUUCUGGUGUAGCCACCAGUAAAAUGAAAGAGACUGACAGCUCAUCUCAAGAACCUCAGAAACAGCAACUAGCAGAACCAGAUGUAAGACCAGGACCAAGCCGUCCCCCACCUGAGCCCAGCCCUCCUCUCUUUGGCUUCCAAAACUGGGCUAACAGUUUCCGUAAGUCCUUCUCCAGCAAGGGUAACAACCCUGUGGUUAUCAGGAGAAACAGACCUUUGAAAGCUAGGCCCAUGUCUGAGGGAUCUUUCAACCUCAGCUCCAUGUUUGGAAGCAGCAUGCAAUGCAACCAGGAUGAGGAACCCAAGAAUCCAUCAGCCGGAGAAAGUCAACCCAGAGCGCGGAGUGGAAGCGAGCUGACAACCUUACUGGAGCAAGUGGCUCUCAGCGGGAAGGUGCCCAAGGGCACCAAAGAUGAUAUGGCAUCCCUGCCAUCCAGAAAGCUCAAUUUUUUCUCCUCCCUGCGGAUAAAGAGAAAUGAAGGAGUUGACCAGAUGAAGGGAGACAACCAGAAGGACAUCAUGACCAUCCUGUCUAGGUUUAGAAGCAAAGCUUCUGUUCAGCAACAUCAGCAACAGGAACUCAACUCAUCUAGCGAAGAUGAGGAACCCAAUACACGACGGGCUCACAGAGGCACAUCUGACUCCAAGAGGAUAAAACAGGAGAACAUCGCUGUCCGACAAACCAAGAGGGAACAGCUAAAAAGACUCCACAGAGCUCAGAUGAUCCAGAGACAGCUGGAGGAAGUUGAAGAGAGGCAGAGAGCUCUAGAGGAGAAAGGUGUAGCUCUGGAGAAGGUCCUCAGAGGAGAAACUGAUGAUGACUCCACGGAUGAGACGGCGCUACUCCAAACCUGGUUCAAACUGGUCCUAGAGAAGAACAAACUGGCAAGAUACGAGUCAGAACUCAUGAUCUUUGCGCAGGAACUGGAGUUGGAGGACACACAAUGUCGGCUGCAGCGAGAACUGAGGCAGCGAAUGGCCACUGAAGACUGUGAAAAAAGUGCGAGUGAGCUGGUGGGGGAGCAGAGCCUCCUGGUGGAGAUCAUGAAGGUGGUGGAGAAAAGAGACAAACUCGUGAGUCUACUGGAGGAGCAACGGCUGAAGGAAAAAGCUGAGGACAGAGAUCUGGAGAGCACGAUCCUCUCCAGAGGUUAUCAGUUCAACUGGACCUAAGACAUUCCUUAACUCGCCUUCAUUAAACGUUUUACUUGAGAUGUGGAUCUACUGUAGUAUCCAGCGAGACUAACUAUAAGAGAGCCUUUAAAGAUCAGCAUCUGGAUGUUAAACAAACUGUUAACCUUAACGCUGCCUUCUUGAAAAGAAAUAAACCAAAAACAAAACAAGUGCCUCUUUGUUUAGGGAAAAUGAGUUUGUAAAUGUUUAAUUUCAUUUAAAGAAACACAAAAUGGCACAGUCACAGAGGUAUGAAAAACUAUUUUUAUCCACAAUGGUGCAAUGGUGGUUUUGUGCAGUGAUGGUUAUAUAGUUAAAGUGGUUACGUUUUUGCACUUGUUUGAUAUGUCGGUGUUGUUAAAAUGAUGUUUGUUUUGUUCUAUAAUGCAUAUUCUAAAAGAGGCCAAAUGUUAAAGGCAGUUUGAUAUUAUAUCUGUUGAGCUACUCUGUUUCUCUCCUAGUCUUGAAAUGCAUAGACCUUCCCAAGUGACCAUUAUUUGCAAUUAUUUAAUAAACUGAAAUAUGAUUUGAUUUGUUUCAAGAAUCAAACGGCACUUAUGAAAAUGUAUAGUUGGUCUUUGGUUUUAUAUGUAUGUUUAUUAUGUAAUUUAUUUAAU